AAUGGGCGGGGCUUUACCGGGAUCACGUGCAGGAGGUGGGGCUCCAGGACGACGCGCGGAUCAAGAUGGCACCGUCCCUAAGGCAGCUGCCGCAAUUGUCCCGGCUCCUCCCCGGGACCCAGCUUCCACGCCACACUUUGGUUCGUUCAGCAUUUUAUGUUCGGAACAAUAUAAAUGACAAGCCCAACUGGCUGAAAGUAAUACUAACCUUGGGCACUACUGCAGGCCUGUGGGCUUUUCUUCUCCAACAACAUAAAGAAGAUAUGUUAGAAUAUGAAAGAAGAAAAGGACUAGAAUAAAUUAUUUGAAUUUACUUCUUUUCUGCUUGUGCAUUAUAAGAAGUGAUGACAACCAGUUUAUCUGUCCAUUGAAUGAUAUAUCUGAAAAACAACUUAUGUUAGGAUUUCUCUACAGUAUCACAGAAUGUACAAAUAAAAACUUAUCUGAAAAAAGGA